AACUUGCAUGGUUAACAGCCUGCAUUUUUUUUUCUGAGCCUAUAUGUGACUCUUGCAGCUUGUUUGUCUCAUCGUGGAAAAAAAAAGUCGAAGAGAAAAGAUGUCUGGAGGACGUACACUCUGCUGUCAUGUCAGCACAGCGACCCUCGUAUUCGCCUUUUAUUAUCUGAUUGUGAACACGCUGAAGCUGGUGGGCAUCGUCCUGUCAGUCUGCAGGGGGAAAGAGGCUUUUCCUGUGCCCUACAGUGAGUACAUGGCUCCAAGAAGUCAGCGUAUCUUUGACAUCAGCACUAAUAUUCUGAUGCUGAUUUCCAUGUCCAUUGCUGCUUUGCUGGCCUUUUUCUCUAAGCGCAAGGGCCCGAUGUUUGUGCUGCCAUUCCUGCUGAUGAUGUUUGUAGAGCUGGGCAUGAGUUUUCUAUCUCUCUUUGACGGGGUCUGGAGUCUGCCAGGGACUCCCAACUACAGAGACUUGCUGCAGGCUGCGAAGUCUCAGAUUGGAGUGCCAAGGCUGGAUGAGGAGUUCAUUGGUCAGCUUACCAUGUGGUACAGCAUUCUCUUUAUGACGGACGUACUGCUGAAGGUGUAUGCCCUUCAAGUGUCAAUGAGGUAUUUCUACAUGCUGAAGGCAGAACGGACCACUGCCGUCAAUGUUGACACUGGAAAUACUGUGACAGUGAAGCUGCCUUCUUACGCCGAGGCUCUCAGGAUGAAAGCAGAAGACACUCCUCCUACUUAUCAAGAACCCUAAAAUGUGCAUUUCAAGCAACCUUUCGAGUUUAAACCACAAUUAGCAGAAAUAAAUUCACCUGUAUUGCAACAUUUAAACCUGCAUGCCUGUGCGUGCAUUCCUGCUUUUAUACAAAUAAAAUUAAUAAAUUAAA